AUGUAUGAUAAUACUUUGGAAUAGUCGACGGCAUAGUUAUGACAGCAAUUUUUUCUUAAAUGAAAUUAUGCUUAAGGUUUUGUUCCUCUCGGAUUGUAAUGUAGCUUUGUUUUCGUUAUUAAACCACACAUGACAUGUUCAUUUAUAUACAAUGUUAUCUCUUUAAAUCACAGUUCAACUUAUAUAUCGAUAAAAUAGAACACUUUUCAAUGUUUUAAUACAAACUAGGUCAACAUAAAUGUUUAUGAAUCUGCGUAUACACCCCAAAUAAAGUCGACUAAAGCGUAUACGUGAGGUCGACCAAAAUGUAAACAUUGAGAUAAGAUAUAGAAUUUUAAAGCUGAUAUUUAUAGACAUACGGUGUUAAGUUUAAAGUGUAUAUAGAAACUGUUCAUUUUUAUUACGAUUUAUGAACGAUUAAACAUUCAACACACCCUUCGUUGUUCCUGUAACAUUAACGAUUCGAUGAAAACACGUAUGGAUAAAAUGGAUAAAGAUAUUGAUUUUUUGAAAAUAGCAAUCACUGAAAUACAACAAUUAGUUCGAAGUUUAGCCAACAUAAAAACUAAACCAAAGAGGAAACAAACCUUGUCGCCAACUAAAGCGGGACCUUCCGCCGUAACGAUAGAUUUGUUAACACAAGUCCACAUGCAAGAGGCAUUGAGGAAAAAUUUCAGCCUGUUUCGGGAUUUAUGUCUGGACGAUGGGCAUAUUUUGGACCGUCUAUUUGAAUGUGAUUGCAUUACUUUUGAUGAUUACCAGGCAAUUCGUUCAAAACAGACCAACCAUGAAAUGAUCCGUGCACUUAUAUUUAAAAUAAGAAACCGGGCACCGUCUAUUAUUAAGUUUCUAAGCGUCAUGAAAGAAGAUCCUGCAAAUGAAGAGUUAUGUAACAAAUUUAACAUAUCAUUAAGUCAGAUAAAAAAAGAAAAUCAAAACAAAGCGAAAUGUGCAAUAUGUGUAUUAAAGGCAACAGUUGAUAUAAGAGAUAUAGUUUAUACACUGUGGAGCGAGAAGAUAAUUAGUGAAGAAACAUUCGAACUUGUGGGUAAUCAAGAUAAUAUGUAUAGUAGUAAACUUACACAAUUGUUUUGGGAGAACGUUACGGAAAGUAUACGUGAAUCAAACGAAAAACUGGAAGAAAUAGUUAUUGCAUCUCUGCAAGAAAAAUACGCGCAUUUAACCCCAGGUCUCAUUGAUAGAAAAGGAAUGUUCUUGUCUUUCGAAUGUUGCUAUUGUCGACACCAGAAUUUUCGUCUCCGCACUAAAGCAUCCGAUGUAUCAGAUUCUUUUACUGACCUCAGCACCACAUCGGAGUAUCCAAACUCUGAAAACGAUUCCGCACAGUCGUCAAUAUUCACAGACUACGAAGAAGAGUACUCAUCCAGAGAGGUCGUAGUUCGGAGGGACCAAACUAUAUCUGCGAAUAUUCGUUUGGAGAAUAGGAAAGAGAAAAUCAAAGAGGCCAAUACACUUUUGAAAAGAGAACGGUUGUCUUCAAUAGUUUCUAUGGCGGAUGAUGAAUUUGUAUUGGAAUCCGAACCUAAUAAUACGACUUCCAACAGACAAACAAAUGACGCUAUCGAGACGGUAGAAGAGAGGCGAAAAGGCAAGAGUGUAAAAGGUUCUCCCAGACAGAGUGUUCAUUUUAACGUCAUUAACAAUAGCAUACGCUCAGAUAUAUGCCGAGUGUGUAAUUUGGAGAUAGGCGAAACUCGAAGGUUAUUUUCAGACACUCCUACACAAACUGACCCGGUCGAUAAUGCAUAUGGCAUGCCAAGUAAAAGACUUAAUCCUGAUGAAUAUAAUCGUGAACAGUAUAAGGGGGAUGCGAAAGUAGUUGCUGGAGCUUUGGCUCUCUCUGACACAUCAAGUGAUGCAGAAUCUAAAGAUAAACGGUAUCAAAAGGACACAAGUCGCGCUCAUAAAACGUUCCUUAAUCCUGCACCAUUAAAGACAACUGUCCGCGUGAACGCUAAAUAUGACAAGCCAGACUCGGCAUCAAACGUUCAGUCAAUAAUUUCAUUAUUUAACAGAACAUGAGUCGGUUUAAAAACAGAAAUGCUCAAUAUCAGUGUAAUACAGACUUGAGGUAAAUACGAGUUUGUCCAAAUUGGAACUGUUCGACCAAGAGAGCAGAGGCAGCUAUAAUUUUGCAUGUGUUUAUUUAAUAAGGAUUUGCAACCUCAUAGUUACUGUUCUUAUUUCGAUAACUUAAGAACUCGGCUGGGAAAUGUUUUUGAAGAAUCUGUUUACCGUGUGUUUUUUUUACUGAGUAUUGUAUUCAUUGCCCGUUUGCAUUAUGUUGAAAACGGAUGGAAGUUAUACCUGCAUCAAAUGUAUAAUUUCAGCGUCAAAUGUAUGUCUGUUACAAAUGCUUGAUGUUAUUAAUAUGGAUUUAUAUUUAUAUAAAUGAAAUACAUAACUAUAAAUAUCAUUUGUUAGCAUUACUUUGUAUUUUUCGGAUAUGUUUAUGUAAGUUUUCAGUAAAAUCAUGGAAUACUUGUAGACUUGGUCCUAUAAAACAUUUUGUCCAAUAAUACUCAGCAUAAAUAAAAAAGAAUAUUAUAAUAUCUGUCCGAAUCCUCUGUUUACGGCACGUGAUAUAAACAACCCGUCAAGUCAAUUAAAAUAAAAACAUUGAUCUAUUAUAUGCACUUGACAUGUGACAGCAUUAUGAGUGGGUAUACAUGUACUUGCAAUAAUUUACUUCGAAUUCGAUGGGGCAUUUUUAUGCACAAAAUAUUCAAUAUCGCCAUGAAUGAAAGUGAUGUUUUAACAUUGUAUUCACUUCGACAAUAGGAACAGUCUUUUUAUAUAUGUAUAUGCAAUACAAUGCGUGUACUUGUUUCGUCAUGUAUUUUCUUCUUUCACUUCCGAAUAAAUAACCUUUAGAAAAA